ACCCCCCUUUGCACCACCCUCUUUCUCCGUCCUCUCUCUCUCUAAAACUGGCAUAUCAGGAACUAAACUGAUAACCAGACCAACAUUGCCUGCCAUUCUAAACAUAAACUGGCAUAUCAGGAAUGGAGGUUUCUAUGAGACUCUGCUCAACUGCAGCCACUCUGUUUCUGCUUAUUGGGGUUGUACCUUUGGCUUUAGCAGGUGUACAUGACUACCGUCAAGCUCUCACCAAGAGCAUUCUCUUUUUUGAGGCUCAAAGAUCUGGUUAUCUUCCUGGUAACCAAAGAGUCAAAUGGAGAGGCCAUUCUGGUCUCAUGGAUGGCAAAGUCAACGGGGUGGAUCUUGUUGGAGGGUACUAUGAUGCAGGGGACAAUGUGAAGUUUGGGCUGCCAAUGGCUUUUACAGUGACAAUGAUGUCAUGGAGCAUCAUAGAAUAUGGGAAGCAAAUGGCUACAAGUGGUGAACUUGGUCAUGCAAUGGAUGCUAUCAAAUGGGGCACUGAUUAUCUCAUAAAAGCUCACCCUCAACCUCAUGUUCUUUAUGGAGAGGUUGGGGAUGGAAAUACUGACCAUUACUGUUGGCAAAGGCCAGAGGAUAUGACUACUUCAAGAAAAGCAUACAGAAUUGACCAAAAUAACCCUGGCUCGGACCUCGCUGGAGAAACAGCUGCCGCCAUGGCCGCCGCAGCCAUCGUGUUCCGCCGCUAUAACCCUGCUUACUCCAAAAAGCUCCUCACUCAUGCUUACCAGCUGUUUGAUUUUGCGGACAAGUAUAGGGGUAAAUAUGACAGUAGCAUAACCGUUGCACAGAAGUACUACCGGUCUGUUAGCGGAUACGGGGAUGAAUUGCUAUGGGCAGCUGCUUGGUUGUUCAAGGCAUCAGGCAACCAGUACUACUUAAAUUACCUAGGUAGAAAUGGCGACGCCCUCGGUGGGACUGGCUGGUCCAUGACCGAGUUCGGCUGGGACGUUAAGUAUGCCGGUGUUCAGACCCUUGUUGCUAAGUUCUUGAUGGGCGGAAAAGCCCGUGGGAAUCGCGCGGUGUUUGGGAAGUACCAAGAAAAGGCAGAGAACUUCAUGUGCGCAUGCCUUGGCAAAAGUAGUCGAAAUGUUCAAAAGACACCCGGAGGGUUAAUUUUUCGGCAAAGAUGGAAUAACUUACAGUUCGUCACAAGUGCAUCUUUCUUACUUACCGUUUAUUCAGACUACUUGACGUCUGCCCGGAGGAACUUACGGUGCUCUUCGGGCACAGUCACCCCGCCCGAGCUGCUAGCAUUUGCCAAAUCUCAGGUGGAUUAUAUACUCGGAGACAACCCGAGAGCAACAAGUUACAUGGUUGGAUAUGGGAGGCGCUACCCGCAACAAGUACACCAUAGAGGUUCAUCGAUUGUCUCGAUUAAGGUUAAUCCCACGUUCGUUAGCUGCAGAGGUGGUUACGCUACAUGGUAUAGCCGAAAGGCAAGUGACCCAAAUCUCCUAACGGGCGCUAUUGUUGGUGGGCCCGACGCAUAUGACAACUUUGCUGACCAAAGAGACAAUUAUCAGCAAACUGAGCCUGCUACGUAUAAUAAUGCACCUCUUCUCGGAGUAUUGGCUAGACUACACGCUGGUCAUGCUGGCUAUAACCAGCUCCUUCCGGUUGAUAUCCCUCUUCUUAAUCUUAAGCCCACUGCUGCUCAACCGAAGCCUAAAGUGACUCCAUCUUCAGGUUUGAUUGCUGUUACACAAAAGGCUACAAGUUCAUGGAUAGCUAAGGGUAAAAAGUACUACAGAUACUCAGUUACACUGACUAACAAAUCAAACAAAACCAUCAAGAAAGUUAACGUCUCGGUUUCAAAGCUCUACGGGCCUCUAUGGGGUCUCACCAAGACUGCAGGCGGUUCAUACGGGCUCCCAACAUGGGCUAGCUCAAUACCAGCUGGAAAAAGCGUCGAGUUUGUGUACAUCCAUACCGCUUCUCCGGCUCAAGUGUCGGUUUCAAGCUACACAUUGACUUAAAAAGUCAAAAGUAUACCAAAAGAUAUACAAGAGUCUUUUUAGGAAGAGUUAAUUACUGUUUUCGUCCCUGUGGUUUGUCAAAAAUCACUAUUUCAGUCCAUUAGUUUAAAAAUUACGAUUUCAGUCCCUGUGGUUUCACUUCGUAACCAUUUCAGUCCCUGUGGUUUCA